GGGGGCCAAUCGGCUCCCGGGCGCGGCCGCACCGCGGAGACACAGCCAAUCAGCUGCGAGGACGGGCCAGGGGGCGGAUCCGCGCGGAGUUUCAAACCGGCCGGGUGGGCGCGGAGCGGCCUUGCGGGGCGUGCGGUCGGCGCUGGAGGCUGUUGGGAUCUGGGGGGCUGAGCAGACUCUUGACCAGGCAGAUGGCUUCCAAGUGGCCGGGCGUGGGGGCCUCCGUGCGUCGGACAUCACUCCAGGACCAGGAACAGCUGGAGGACGAGGUGCUGCAGCCUGCCGCGGGCCAUCCCGAGACAUCCUGCGGGGCCCUGGGCUCCCUGUGCAGACAGUUCCAGAGAAGGCUGCCCCUGAGAGCCGUCAGCCUCAACCUCGGCGCAAGGCCCUCCUGGAAACGCCUGGAAAGCCCCGAGUCUGGGCAGCAGGGCCUCCAGGCUGCAGCUCGCUCAGCUAAGAACGCCCUGGGUGCUGUGUCCCAGAGAAUCCAGGAGUCCUGCCACAGUGGCACCAAGUGGCUGGCGGAAACCCAGGUGAAAGCCAGGAGGAGGAGGAGGGGGGCACAGAAGGGCGGUAGCCCCCCACCUCGCAGCCUGAGCCAGGAGAGCGCCCGGCUGUCUGCAGCUGCCCCUGCUUAUGCGGCCCUGGACCCAGGGGAGAGGGACGGUCGCCGGCUCUCUGCCCAUGCGGGCCCACGCGCCCACCCACUGCGGCGGUCCAGGAGGGAGGCUGCCCUCCGGAGCCCCUACUCCGCGACAGAGCCCCUCUGCUCCCCCAGUGAGUCUGACGGUGACCCAGAGCCGGUGGGAGCAAGACUUCAGCAUCUCCAGCGGCCAUCCCAAGAGCUAGACGACGCCAUCGUGGUGGAGGAGAGCAACGACAUGACCGUUUCCCUCAUCCGAGACUGAGGACGGUGCCUGCAGAGCUGACGGGCCCAGCAGAGCAGGAAGCGUGCGAGUCCUCCCACCUGCCUGGAGCCGGAGCUGCUGACCUCACCGACCCCGUCACUAGCCGAGCAUACCGGCCACCUUCCCGCUCCUGGUUCUGGGGGGAAGACCGUGGUGCCCCCACUUCCCUGCUCUGAACACAGUCAGGGGCAGGAAGGGGGCUUGUGGUGCAGGAAGCAAGCCACGUCUGACCACCACGCCCCUCACACCCGGAUGCGCCGUCCCACUGCCUGGGGGCCUCUGCUCCUGCUCCGGCCACAGCCGGUUCUGCCCUUGACCGCCCCCACCCCAGCCCGACAGUCCCUUGGGGAGAGAGGCUGGGGAGGCUGUUCACUCUCUCCCCUCUCUGGCUUGGGAACUCACCCCACACUUGAACUUUGUGGCUGUGUCUACAACGGGAAGCCCGGAGAGCAGAGGAGCUGGGGAGCUCGGCCAUGCACCCAGGAGGGGGACCUGCGAGGAGGCAGCCCCUGGGCGGCCCAGUGCCCAGGCUCCAGGGACCCCAGCACUUGUCCCCGCAGCCCCCCCAGAGUCCCAAGACCCUGGGCCCACAGAUCCCUAUCUUUCCUCAGCACAGGGCACCGUGGGUGUGCGGGGAGGGGUAGCACAGUUCCGUGGCGAUUUCUGCCCUCGGUAAAUUAUUUAAGAAACCCGCUUUGUCAUUUUAUUACAAAGAAACCAGUGUGUGACUUCCCUGGAGAUAACACUGCUUUUUCAUAAUAAACAGUCCGCUUCUGA